UCGAACGCGCAGACGCCGAGCAGGGAGGGAUUGGUCUGUCAGCUUCCCCAGUUUUUGGCAGUGCGCGCCCGCCGCCGCCGUCGCCGCCGGAACACCUGUCAGCUCCACCCGUCUGGGUGCUGGGAUUCCCGCCAGGCUCCCGGCUUCUCAGGGCGGGAGAAGGGCUGGCCGUGCAGUUUUCAGCCUCGACAGGACCCCGCGUGGCGUCGUUGAGCCGUUGCCGGGGCAACAUGAGCUCGGCCGCGGCGACCGGGGCGCCCCUGCCCCGGCUCUGCUGCCUGGAGAAGGGCCCGAACGGUUAUGGCUUCCAUCUGCACGGGGAGAAGGGCAAGGCGGGCCAGUUCAUCCGGCUGGUGGAGCCCGGCUCGCCCGCCGAGAAGUCGGGGCUGCUGGCCGGGGACCGGCUGGUGGAGGUGAACGGCGAGAACGUGGAGAAAGAGACCCACCAACAGGUGGUGAGCCGCAUCCGCGCCGCGCUCAACGCCGUGCGCCUGCUGGUGGUCGACCCCGCCACGGACGAGCAGCUACAGAAGCUGGGCGUCCCGGUGCGCGAGGAGCUGCUGCGCGCCCAGGAGGGGUCCGGGCCGGCCGAGCCGCCGGCCGCCACCGCGGCGCAGCGGGAUGGCGGCGAGAGCGAGCUGCGCGAGGCCGAGAAGAGCCAUGCGGAGCAGCGUGAGCUGCGGCCACGGCUCUGUGCCAUGAAGAAGGGCCCCAACGGCUACGGCUUCAAUCUGCACAGUGACAAGUCUAAGCCUGGCCAGUUCAUCCGGGCAGUGGACCCAGACUCUCCAGCUGAGGCCUCAGGGCUCCGGGCCCAGGACCGCAUCGUGGAGGUGAACGGGGUCUGCGUGGAAGGCAAGCAACACGGGGAUGUGGUGUCUGCCAUCAAGGCCGGUGGGGAUGAGACCAAGCUGCUGGUGGUGGACAGGGAAACCGAUGAGUUCUUCAAGAAGUGCAAAGUGAUCCCAUCCCAGGAGCACCUGGAUGGUCCCUUGCCUGAGCUCCUUAUCAAUGGGGAGAUACAGAAGGAGAGCAGUCAGGAAGCCCUGGCUGAGGCAGCCUCAGAGAGCCCUAGGCGAGCCCUGGUGAGAUCCACCUCUAGUGACACCAGUGAGGAGUUGAAUUACCAGGACAGCCCCAAGAAAGAAGACUCCACAGCGCCCUCCUCUGCCUCCUCCUCCUCUGACCCCAUCCUGGACUUCAACAUCUCCCUGGCUGUGGCCAAGGAGAGGGCGCACAGGAAACGCGGCAGCAAGCGGGCCCCGCAGAUGGACUGGAACAAGAAAAACGAACUCUUCAGCAACCUCUAAGCACCUUCUGCCAGCCACUUGGGAUGGGGAAAGGCCUGAGCCAGCACCCCCCAGCCUGUCUCCCCUUCCUCCUCCCUGCUCACCCCUGAAUCGACGUUCGAAUCAACACCAGCAUCUCCCUUCUUGGCGAACCUGAUUUUUCUAGAGAACUACAUUCUUAAGGGAGGCAAACGGUUUUCUGUCCUGCCCCAAUCAGAAACAGACUCUGCCCGCCCGCCUCCCCCGCAAGUGCUUCAUCCCACAGGUGACCCUGUGACUCCCUGCCUGGGGCCACCACUGGGACCUGUACCAAGCAAGAACCAUGGGACCAGGGAAAAGGUGGUUCUCCCUCACAACUCCAGUGGUAACAGGGCCUGGGGCUGAUCAAGGAACUCUGAUCCGCAGCAUGCACAGCUCUGGGUAACAGGGCGUCUGAUAGGCUGAGAACAGUGACUUAGGCAUCUUGUUUUUGUUCAUUAAGAGUGCGGUACCAGAGUCUAGAGGGAUUUUUGCUUCCUUGAUUAACAUGAUUUUUCCUGGUUGUUGUAAUCCGGGGCAUAGCAGUGGCCUCAGCCUUCAACUUGUGUUUCUACUCCCACCCUCCCUCCGCUCCCCCCCUCCCCCCGCCAGACCCAGGCAGCAAGGGGAGGGCUCGGCUACCCCUGCCCAGCCCGGAGCCAGGCACCAUUGUAAGAAAACUCCAGCAGAAAUUUAACUGGUUCCUCCAAACCA